CUCUCCGCCUCCUCCGCAUUUUGCUUCCGAAUACUCUACUAUUAUCCAUGCGAAUCAACCGCUGAAUCAACCGAGGCGCAAAUUCAAUAUCACACCCAUCCAGCUCCGCGGAUUCUGACAUCAUCGCACCAAUUCGAUCAAGGUUCCCCUACCACACCCACCUCAAAGACAAUGGCACCCCUCGUCCCCGUCUUUCACGCCGAAACCCUCCCCGAGCACGUCAACAUCUCGACCAAGAACUUCCAAGAGAAGCGUCGCAAGGGCGGCCCCGUCGAGCUGGAGAAAUGCCAGCUGCUGGAGAUGGUACAAUACUCGUGUAAUCCUCCUCAGGGCGGGAUCCCCAAGCCUGGUGUCAUUGUUUGUCAACCGGUUGUCCGCCUGUUUCGAAGGUAAGAUUCUUGCUUUUCUGUCUCUCUCUUCCUUUUCUUGAUUGCAGAAAGACGCCCUAAACGGCCAGUGCUGCUUCUUUCACCAUCUCUGCUGAGGUUUCUGACGCUACUUUACCACAUAAGAUGCGCCGGAGGAUUGACCGUGGAGACGACCGCAUGGGAACCGAUAAGAAUUCAGAAGGAGGAAGAAGAGCGGAA